AUGAGAACUCAAGAGGAGCACGAGUACUUCCAUCACGAGGUAGUCCAGGCCCACCCCAGCAUGGCAUAUGUCAUGCCUUUGUGGCCUGAAGACCUCCAAGGACAGCGCGAUGCGGCGCAGGCUGCGGGUUACCACACACGAAUUCUUCGAGCCCAGCCCAGCUGGCAGGACCGCAGGGACGUCCUCAUCUUCAGCGACAACCCCAGGCUGGUAGACGAGCACUACAGAAGAGUAGGGCAGCGCGCCGCCGAGGGCCUAACUUGGAUGGAGAUCCUGAACGGCCUCGGGAUGGCGCGGGGCUUCGUCGCGGACAUGAUAGCCGUCUGGUCUCUCUUCUCCGCGUUGCGGGGCUAG